UCAGGAAGAAACUUAUCCUCCCCACCAUUGGGUCCUCCCAACUAUCUACAAGUAUCCAAAGACUCUGCCAGUGCUAGUAGCAAAGACUCUUCUUGUGACACGGAUGACUUUGUUUUGGUUCCACACAACAUCUCGUCAGACCACUCAUAUGAUAUGCCAAUGGGAACUGCUGGCAGACGCUUCAAAUGAAUUCUUGGUGUGUGGAGGGCAGUGUCAACCUACUGUGUCACCUCACAGUGAGACAGCCCCAAUUCCAGUUCCUACUCAAAUAAGGAAUUACCAGCGCAUUGAGCAGAAUCUUACAUCUACUGCCAGCUCUGGCACAAAUCCACAUGGUUCUCCAAGAUCUGCAGUGGUACGAAGGUCUAACACCAGCCCCAUGGGCUUCCUCCGACUGGGAUCCUGUUCCCCAGCACCUGCAGACACAGUCCAGACAGUUGGACGAAGACUCUCUACUGGGUCUUCCAGGCCUUACUCACCUUCCCCUUUGGUUGGGACCAUUCCUGAGCAGUUUAGUCAGUGCUGCUGUGGGCAUCCUCAGGGCCAUGAGUCCAGGAGUAGAAACUCUUCAGGUAGGAAAAUAGAUUUGGUAGAUUAAUAACUUGAAUUUUAUUAUGAACAGAUUUAAGGUAUGUUGUGCUAUUUUUAUCAAAAGAACAUAAAUGAUAUGGAAUAGUUUCCCUGCUAUCUGUGUUU